AUGGCGAAUGACGACAACUCCGACUACACCGAUCAGACACCAAGCAUAUUUGCCACAAAACCUGGAGGCAGUGGGUUGAUGCAACAUGUCCUAUGGCGAGGGCAUUCGGGCAGUGAUCGAUCUAUCCUCCACCCAAGUGGCUAUCUAAACCGACAUCAGCUAAAUGACUUACUCCGAAAGAUCAGACAGAAAGGAGGAUACUUGCUGUUGCCGCAACGUGGCCCCAAUACACCACCUGAAUGGCACGCAAUAUCCGAAUUUGAUCGCUUGGAGGUAUUGCCUUCAGAAGUAGACCUUAUCAGGCUCCGCGGUGGUUGGGGUUUCCUGAAUCGCUCACGGGUGCAUAACCUGACUCUUCUAGGCCGUGAAGAGAUAGCAUGUGGUCACUGCAAAUACGACAAGAGCUGUAUUGUUGUCCACUACCAUUGGAAGAUACGCUUCUCGGAUUGGGGCUUGAGCUGUGCGCCUCACGACUGGUUUGAUGCUAUUGACAGGGAGUCAUGCGUAUACAAUGGCCCUGCCGGUGUGCCUGAGACCUACCAUAUCGACGCCUGUCACAAUAGCUAUGUAGGUAAAGAAGACUAG